UGGUUUAGUCAAGCUUCACUUUGGUCCAUGGAAAGAGGAAAGGAUGUGACUCCAGUCUCUCGUGUUUGUCAUCAGCCCUUCAUCUUUCACUCGUCUAUCUGUGUCAUUUCGUUCUUCCUUUCGGAAUGGAGCUCGGUUGGAAGUAGUCGGCGCGCGCCCUUUUCCGGUUUUCACGCUCGCGUCUGGAGAAUGAUCCACCGUCAGGUUAUUUCAUCCCAGGUUUUGGUCUGCUUUGGGUUGACCGGUCAUUAUGCUGAUGCAGAUCUGUAGUAUCAAGAACCUGUACCAGAAUCGGCUUUUCGGCCUGGCGGCCAUGGCCUCGCCGACCCGCGGCAACCAGGGCCGCCAGCGCUGCAAGGAUCGUCACAGCUAUGGCCCGGACACGUACGCUGUCAGCGCUCUGAACCAGGAAGCCUUCAUGUUGGGGUUGUCCCGGUCAACCAGCGACACCGAUCUGGUCUCCCCGGACACUCGCUCCACCCUCGCUGUAAGCGCUUCGUACUACACUAUAGGCCAGUCUGAAGACCUCGUGAUCGCGUGGGACAUCAAGGAGGAAGUGGAUGCUGGGGACUGGAUUGGAAUGUAUCUCGUCGAUGAGCCUUUAUCUGAGAACUUUCUGGAUUAUAAGAACCGAGGGAUCAACGGAUCUCAAAAAGGACAAAUAGUUUGGAAAAUCGACUGCAGCUCUCACUUCACCGACUCUGAGACACUGGUCUGCUUCAAGUACUACCACGGCGUCACUGGAGCGCUGAGGGCGACCACACCCAGUCUCACCAUCAAAAAGGGACCACCGCCUGUGUUAAAGCCGGUGGUUAGUCCUGAGGUCAACCAAGGAUUGGGCAACAGGAGACUAAUUAACUUUUCGCUUUCAGACCUUCAAGCAGUUGGUCUGAAGAAGGGGAUGUUCUUCAAUCCAGACCCGUACCUCAAGCUUUCCAUUCAGCCCGGAAAGCACAGCAUCUUCCCCUCGCUGCCGCACCACGGUCAGGAGAAACGCUCCGGCGUUGUCUGCAACACGGUCAACCCGCAGUGGAACUCCGAGAGAUUUAACUUUUUGUCGCUCCCGACUGAUGUUUUGGAGAUCGAGGUGAAGGACAAGUUUGCAAAGAGUCGGCCUAUCAUCAAGCGUUUCCUGGGAAAGUUGUCUGUUCCUGUCCAGAGGCUUCUGGAAAAACAUGCCAUUGGGGACCGCGUUGUUAGCUACUCUCUGGGUCGCAGGUUGCCAACAGAUCACGUGUGUGGCCACUUGCAAUUCCGCUUUGAGCUCACCUCAUCAAUUCAUCCAGAUGACGAAGAGGUUUCGCUGGUCAUUGAAUCAGCCUGCCCGGAAGGAGGAAUCAACGCAGAUGCCAACAACGGCGUCGAUGCUCCCGAUGAUGACACAUUAAGCGUGGGACAGGAUAUGCCCGACCUCCCUUUGGAUGCCCCUCCUGACCCCGACGCCCCGGCGCCUCCAGCCUCGGUACCCGAGCAGACCCAAACCAGCGAGACGCCGUCUGCAGAGGAAGAACAAGUCGCUGUGGAAGAUGAGAGCACGGUGAGGGAGGAACCGCCCGCAACUGAGCCUCAGGUAACGAGUGAAGACGGAGAACCGGAUCACAACACCGUGACAACGCUAGUCGAGGGAGAAUUAGAGGAAGGGCGGCAGGGGGAAGAAGAAGCAGAUCGAGAAGAGAAUGUACAACAAACUGAGGAGGGAAUAACAGCAGACAUUGACAAGAAGGACCAACCAGAUGUGCCAACUGGCAAUACUUUAGAGGGAAGUCCAAACAAUGAUACAUCCCAAGUAUCACCCACCGCAACAUCUGGAGUACCACCGGGAGGGGAAAGCAGCAACGGUCCUUGCGCCUGCCUCUUCUCAAACAACUCCCAAGAUCCUCCCCGGCGCAAAACCCGCCCUUGCUCCCUGCCGGUGUCGGAGCUGGAGAACGUGAUUGCCUCGGCUUGCGGCGAGCCGGAGACGCCCCGGUCCCACUACAUCCGCAUUCACCACCUCCUCCACAGCCUCCCGUCGGCGCAGCGCCGAGCGCCGAGCCAGGAGGAGGAGGAGGACAUCGAAGAGUGCGAGAACAUGAGCACAACUCAGGACAACACGGCCACGUCACCAACACUUAAGAACUGCAAAGACAGAGAAGACGAGGGCCAGGAAGAUGAGGAUGAGAUAACGCAGUCCCCUUCUCAGGUCCCAGAGUGUCCCGGUCCGUGCUGCUGUCGCUCCCUCCCACGCAGCCUCUCCAUUGAACGUCUCUCCGAACUCAACCAGCUCCUAGAAGGUGAUAAGGGAAGUGGAGUGCACGCAGCUGUCAGAAGGAUUUCUCUCUCGUACCUUGAAAGCGAGGAGGGGGAUUCCAGUAAUGGAGUCGGGAAAAGAAAUGCAGGGAGCGGCCACCGGGCCCGGGGUGAAAAUGAGUGCGAGUUCUGCGACACUUCCUGCUACAGCACCUCCUGCUACAGCACGUCAUGUUACAGCACGUCAUGCUACAGCAACUCGGGCCACGAGGGCAGGGGCCGCUUCUGCAGCCACACCCGCCUCUCCUCCGUGGACAGUAACCGGCUCUCCGGAAGUACCGUGUUCUCCUCGCAGGACGAAGAGGAGGAUGAGAGCACCUUUGAGUCAGGACCGGAUGUAAACAAUUGUCCUGAGGGCCAGGAAGUGGUCGGCGCAGGUGGAGAGGGGAGGACUGGGAGAUGGAAGGAAGCCAGGAAAGAGGAGAAUGGAGAAUCGGCCAGGGUAGAGUCUGGGAGCACCAACAGCACCGGCUCAGGCUUCUCACCUCCCGUUGGCCAUCCUCCAGUUCUUCUUCCCAGCCUUGACUUAAACCAUUUUCCUGCUGCCACUGACCAAGUCUUACCUCCAAACUGGGAAGCUCGUAUAGACAGCCACGGAAGAGUGUUCUACGUUGACCACGUCAACCGCACAACGACCUGGCAGAGGCCGAGUCACGGUGGCAAGUGUAACCACGGGAUUCCCCGAUCAGGAUCCAGUCAACAGAUGGAACAGCUCAACAGGAGGUACCAGAGCAUCCAGAGAACCAUGGCCACCGAAGAGGAAGGUGGUAACCAGCGCUUAGAGCGAACUCCCAGCGUCGAGUCAGACUCGGACGCUCCCCCAACAGCGACAGGUCCUGCAUCACCUGUCAAUCAGCAGAAGAUCAGCCAGCUUCUUCAAUCACCCGCUGUCAAGUUCAUUACACAUCCCGAAUUCUUCACUAUGUUGCAUAGUAACUAUUCAGCCUACCGGAUAUUCACCAGCAGCAGCUGCGUCAAACACAUGAUCCUGAAGGUGCGCCGUGAUGCCAAAAACUUUGAGCGCUACCAACACAACCGGGACCUAGUGGUGUUCCUCAACAAGUUUGUAGACACUCAGCUGGAGUUGCCACGGGGCUGGGAGAUCAAGACUGACCCACAGGGCAAGUCUUUCUUCGUGGAUCACAACAGUCGAGCUACAACUUUCAUUGACCCCCGAAUCCCUCUUCAGAAUGGGCGGCUACCGGGCCACCUCGCCCACAGACAACACUUGCAGAGACUACGCAGCUACAGCGCAGGAGAGGCUUCAGAUGUGUCGAGGAGUCGGGGGGCUUCGCUCAUGGCCAGACCUGCAAACAGCCUGGUUGCUGCCAUACGAAGCCAGCAUCAUGCUGACCCGCAACAGUCCACUGCCCCAUCGUACAACGACAAGAUUGUGGCUUUCCUUCGGCAACCAAACAUUUUUGACAUGUUGCAAGAGCGGCAACCAAACCUGAACAAAAACUAUGCACUCAGGGAAAAGAUCCAUUACGUCCGCUCUGAAGGUACGCAGGGUGUUGAGAAGCUGUCAUGUGACGCUGACCUGGUCAUCCUGUUAAGUUUAUUCGAAGAGGAGAUUAUGUCGUACAUUCCGCCUCACCCCAUCCAUCCCGGCUUUAGUUUCUCCCCACGCUGUUCCCCUGGCAGCUCGCCGCAGAAUUCCCCUGGCUUGCAGAGAGCCAGGGCGCCGGCUCCUUACCGGAGAGACUUUGAAGCCAAGCUCCGAAACUUCUACAGAAAAUUAGAAGCGAAGGGAUAUGGCCAGGGACCAGGCAAGAUUAAACUGCUGGUCAGGCGAGAACACCUGCUGGAGGGCACCUUCAACCAGGUGAUGGCAUAUUCCCGCAAAGAGCUGCAGAGGAACAAACUCUACGUCACCUUCUUGGGGGAGGAGGGGUUAGAUUACAGCGGGCCCUCCAGAGAGUUUUUCUUCCUAUUGUCGCAGGAGUUGUUCAAUCCAUACUACGGCCUCUUUGAAUACUCCGCCAAUGACACCUACACUGUUCAAAUCAGCCCCAUGUCGGCGUUUGUUGAGAAUCAUCUGGAAUGGUUCCGUUUCAGUGGGCGCAUACUCGGCCUGGCUCUGAUUCAUCAGUACCUCCUUGACGCUUUCUUCACCCGACCCUUCUACAAGGCGCUACUCAGGCUCCCAACAGACCUUUCUGAUCUGGAGUAUCUGGAUGAGGAAUUCCAUCAGUCUCUGCAGUGGAUGAAAGACAACGACAUCACAGACAUCCUGGACCUCACAUUCACUGUCAAUGAGGAGGUCUUUGGCCAGGUGACCGAACGAGAGUUGAAAUCUGGAGGUUCCAACCUGCAAGUAACCGAGAAGAACAAAAAGGAUUACAUUGAGCGAAUGACAAAAUGGCGGGUGGAAAGGGGAGUGGUGCAACAGACAGAGGCGCUGGUCAGAGGCUUCUAUGAGUGUUUUCUGUCAAAGGUGGUCGACUCCAGGCUGGUGUCAGUAUUCGACGCACGUGAACUGGAGCUGGUUAUCGCCGGUACUGUGGAGAUUGACCUCGGUGACUGGAGGAGCAACACAGAGUAUCGAGGAGGUUACCACGACGGCCACAUCGUGAUGAGGUGGUUCUGGGCUGCCGUGGAGCGUUUCAACAACGAGCAGCGCCUCCGCCUGCUCCAGUUUGUAACCGGGACGUCCAGCGUGCCGUACGAAGGCUUUGCGGCCCUCCGCGGAUCCAACGGCUUGCGGCGCUUCUGCAUUGAGAAGUGGGGCAAAGUUACCUCUCUGCCCAGGGCCCACACCUGUUUCAAUCGUCUUGACCUGCCUCCGUACCCCUCGUACACCAUGCUGUAUGAGAAACUACUGACUGCGGUGGAGGAAACCAGCACCUUUGGUCUGGAGUGAGACGCGUAAACGCAGUCGGCGAGGGCGAACGUCCUUUUUUUUGGAACACUACCGAGCGCAGCCGUCGCGCAACGGACGCAUCCUGGUUUCUGCGAACGGGCAGACUGCAGACUGAGCAAAAGUGUCGGUGGCGUGGACAUACGUAUGUGAAAUGAAUGUUAUGGUACCGUGUAUUAGUCUCACUUUUGAGGGUCUUUGUGACGAGAAGCUGACAUUCGGGCAGCACGGCAGAGCUACUUUAGUAUUAGUGGAUGUACAAUGGUAUCAAUCAUAAAACACGCAGCUGACAUGCACGUACCCAGAUGCUAAUAGCAACAAAUAUAGCUUAACUAUAAACUCAUUGACGAGAACUGAACAGUUAACAUUUUAUUCAAAAUGCCCCUUUUUUUCCCCCGUUCUGUUAUGAUUUCUUUUUUGUCCAAAACUAUAAAACGGCACAAAUGAUGCGAACGCUGUUUUGAGAAGCAACAAUCGUGUUUCAAUUGAAAUAACUGAAUGACUGUGAAAGGCAAUUCAUAACUGCUAAAUAGAUAUUUAUGUAUCCUAUAUGAUUUUUCUAAACGCCUCUCGUAAAAUCAGACGUGAAUUCAGCGAGACAAACUUAAUGGUUCAACAUGCUCAGGUAGUUUAUUGGACAUGGCUACAAAUACUCGGUAAGGAAGUGGCGGGUACGCGCUAACGAAGAGUACAGACCGUGAUUCAGAAAAUGGACGCCAAAGAAACAGUCACAGCUGGUAAAAGCCCGAAUUAUUUAAAGGUCAAGACUUGGCAGCCACCAUUGCAAGUUUACAAUCAAAUUCGAAAAUUAUAUAUUAGUGUAACGGCAAAGGCAGCAGAAUAGAUUAUUUAUUGAGAUAGUUUAGGGUUGGUUAAGCAAAGCACUUCAAUUGACCAAGAACUAGGUAAUUAUAUAUAUUUUUUAAAAGUAAACCGUUGUGGUCUGAACCACUGGGAAGAUAAGCCACUGAUAUACAAAGCAUUUAAGAAAGCCAUUUUAUUCCAUCUUUUAUUAUGCACUGUCAACAAGUUUGAUUCUGGUCUAGUUGUCUAAAUUAAGGAAAGCGAGUACAGGACCUGCGGCAAAAUAGUGGAAUCGAGCGGACAUCAAACGCAAAAGCUUAAGUUAUACAUUGCACUCUUUUUUUGUUUUUGUGGACUAGACUACUACGUCAAGACAGAAACGUGUUCCCACGCCGCAAUAAUUGCUGUCCCCAGCUUCAUGGCCGUCUUAUUUGUCUUUGACAAACCCUUUCCCAAUCCUCUUGUAGUUUGGUCGCACGAUAAAAACAAAAAGCCAAAGAAGUGAAAAGGUUUUUCCUCACAGGGGUUUGCCUAGAUCUGCUCUGCGGCUCAAACUUGGUGACUUUGAUUGAACCCCAAAUUGUUCUGUAAGUUCUAAUUGAAAUGUUCCACUGUACGUACAGUUUGUAUGCUGUACACGUGUAUAUCAAUAAAUUGGAAUAUCGCAGAAAGUUAUUUCACUUGUUCAAUUGGAAAAAGUGAAACCAGGUGGUUGACCCACGAAAAUAUUCUGCCACAUUUCUGUGACUGUUCCAGUCUCUCGGUAUGAAUUGAUGAAUACAUUUCCUGUUUCUGUUAGAUUUGGAUUUGAAAUCCACAAUGGGCUCAAUUUUCAUGAUCAAUCUAAAUAUGUUGUGGCAUUUUCCACGUUGACUUUGACAGACCCGCUGACUGCGCGUCUACAGCCGUUGUCGUUCACCGCCAAUCAGAGUGGCUCCUCUCAUUCCCUUUAAAUACCAUAAAGUCUCACGUGGAGACAUCGCUAUGCAGAAGAACAUCUUGCAGAAUCGCAGGCACUGAUCCACGCUUUGUCACUGCUCUUGACCAAUGUGGCAACAUUAGCGGGUACCCUUAUUUCGGUAAAUCCAGAUUGAGCUGGCAUAAACCCCUGUUGACUUAAAUGUCCGCAGACCUCGGGUAUCUGUACUCUCCAAUGACCAUUCAUGUAGCUUUAUGAUGGCCGAUAUGUGGGAUAUUAUGACGACGAUCAUAAAAUCACAAAACGCGAAGUUCAAGUUAGGCCACUCUGAACCGCUGUUGCGCAGUCUACAAAAAUAAAGCCCAGAAACUGGAAGAGUAUUUUUUUUUUUCCACUCGAGCUCCUAGUUUCAGAAUAAACUCUUCAAGUCAAUACUAAAAACAUCUGGAAAGUUCCACGUUGAGAAUAAGUUAAGUUAAAUGAAUCGUUCUUCUUCUUUCCGGCUUGUCCCGUUAGGGGUCAUUUCAGAUGAACGCACAUUUGUUUGGCACAGUUUUACACCGGAUGCCCUUCCUGACGCAACCCCUCUGCAUUUUAGCCUUGGAGAGAAGCUUACAGGACCUGGUAUUCCCAGGCGGUCUCCCAUCCAAGUACCAACCAGGGCCAAACCCGCUUAGCUUCCGAGAUCUGACGAGAUUGGGCGUUCUCAUGUAUUCCAUGAAUUUAUAAUAAGUUAUUUACCUGUUAUGACAAUAAGGGUCCAGAACCACAAAGACUGCCGCCGCGAGAGGUUUUGUGCCAUUGACGCUCGCAAAUUGCCACCGACUCAAGGUGCCUGACCCAAAGCGCUUAUCCCGAAGCACCGAGCUUCAAGUCUUCCACAAACAGAAAUUACAAGCGUUGCAGCUACACCGGCAACCUAAAAAAAAAAAAAAAAAAAACUUAUUUCUUCCAGUUCAAAUGUAAAAUGACGAAAACGUGGCCACUUUCCGUCGGAAAUUUCCUGUUACGUGUCCAUUUUAAGACAGUCAAACGUGUGUAGAGUAAUUCUGACAAAGUAGCGUAGCUCCAUAUUCUGUCGAGAGUUUAAACAUAUUCACCAGCUGAAAGUUUCGGCCAACUCCUCAACUGUUUUGAGCCUUAAGUAGUCUGCCACUCGUGGAUCAGUCACGUUUUCUUGACCUAGCUAAGUAGACACCCAAGAAUCGCUACUCACCCAAGAGGGCAAAGAUGUUCGUGUUUCAAAUCGCACCCUUUUUGGCUCACAGUUUUUUUUUUUCUAAUGUUAUUUCUAUGAUGUUAUUAAUUCAAGAUGUUUGAUUGAAACUUUCUUUGAAUGUUUAGUUUGUUCAUUGACGACGAGAGUUUGCCUUCAUUUUGAAGCCUUUGCAUUUUGAUAUUUAUGGCUUUUCUAUGAUUAGCGAAGAGCACUUACCUGUUUUUGUUAUGAUUCACAUUUUUGUUUUUAAUCUUGUCUGGCUAAAUUGUCUUUAAUUGUCACAGGUGACAUCACUAAGUGUACUAUUAUUUAUUACCGUGCAGCAUGUGACAAACAGGAUUCCUGUGCUUUCGAAUUCGUUAUUUUUCCACAAACGUUAUUGAAAUUAAACGCUGAUAUUUAUUGGGGAUAAGCAAUAUCCCUGUAAUAAACAUCGUUACGGAAUUUUGUUGAAUCAGCUACCGUAGAAAAUAUUAUUCCAAAUAAGCUUUUGGAAAAGGAUCAAAUUUGUUGCAAAUGGUUGUGUGUGAGGUCAUUUUUUGCAGGGAUCAAAAUUCUGAGGCAUGCAUUUUGUGUUUUUGUGUUGACGAUUCAGACAUGUAGAUAAUGUCGAAAAGUACAGUUUGGAUUAUUUAUUUUAACCAAAUGCUCAGGCAGUCCCUUUUAAUACCACCGAUCCACUGUCUAGCGAUCUAUGUUCAUUUGCCGACAUUGACUAUGUUUAUGAAGUGAAGCCAGUGUUUACCACUGUUGUCGAAAAUCA